AUGAUUGAGAAGGGAAAAAGCUCGAAGACUACAGUUGUAGACAUCCCCGAUGAUGAACCUGAACAGGGUUACGUGCCUCCUCCUAGACCACCACCAGUACCAUUCCCAUCUCGCCCGAGGAAGCACAACAAAGACAGCCAAUUCGCAAAGUUCGUUGAGAUGAUGAAGAAACUCGAGUAUUUGAAAGAUAUCCUGACCAAAAAGAGGAUUGUUGAGAAAGAAACCGUAGCGUUUACUGCCGAAUGCAGCGCUUUGAUCCAACACGAGCUUCCGCUUAAACGGUCCGAUCGAGGUAGUUUCUCAAUCCCUUGUAAAAUGGGUAAUGUUUCCAUCAAUUGUGCACUCUAUGAUCUAGGAGCCAGCGUCAGUGUUCUUCCAUUAUCGAUCUUCAAGAAGUUGAAUGUGGGUGAGCUAAAACCCACUAGAAUGACUCUUCAACUUACCGAUCGUUCCGUUAAAUACCCUGUUGGGAUACUUGAGUAUGUGCCACUAAAAGCUGGGAACUUCUAUAUCCCAGUUGACUUCGUGGUUCUCGACAUGGACGCAGACUCUAAGGUACCUAUUAUUCUUGGUCGUCCAUUCCUUAACACUGCAAAUGUUGUUAUCCAUGUUAGAGCAGGUAAGCUGACCAUGAAGAUCGAAGAUGAGACGGUGGACAAGGGCAUGACCACCUACUUAGAAUUGAGUUAG